AUGUUGGCCUCAAUAUUCUUGAUUUUGGUAACCACAAUUUACUGGUGGAUUCGAAGCAGUUUUUCCUACUGGUCCCGUCGAGGUGUUCCUCACAAAAAGCCUGCGUUUCCGUUUGGAAAUUUGGAAGGAUUUGGUAAAAAGCCGAUAUUUUCAAUGCUGUCAGACGUGUAUAACCGUUUCAAAGGAGCUGAGAAAAAGUUUGUAGGAAUGUAUUAUUUUCUAAAGCCAGUAGUGCUGGUGCACGAUUUGGAAUUCGCAAAGGAUGUUUUGGUGAAGGAUUUUCAACACUUUCAUGAUCGAGGAUUCUAUCGGAACCAAAAAGGAGAUAUUGUAUCGGCCAAUUUGUUGACGCUAUUAGGCGAUCGAUGGCGGACUACCAGGAACAACCUUAAUGCUACUUUUACCUCGAGUAAAAUGAAGAUCAUGUUUCCAUUAAUGGCGGAAGUCGGGGAGAAACUUGUGAACCAAAUGACUCAGGAAGCUGGUCAAAGUACAGAAGUUGAUAUGAAAGAUAUUUGUGCCAGAUUUACUACCGACGUGAUUGGAAGCUGUGCCUUUGGAUUGGAAUGUAAUAGUUUACGGAAUCCUGAGUGCGUGUUCCAAGAAAUGGGACGCCGUACUCUUGCACCAACAUUGUUAUAUGUAUUUACAAACAGUUUUCCUAAACUGUCGAGAUUUUUCAAUAUCAAGAUGAUCGAAAAGAAGGUCGAAUCAUUUUUCUUGGAUACCAUCAAAAGCACAAUCGAUCAUCGGAAACAGAAUGAUAUUAAACGGGAUGAUUUCCUAGAUAUUUUGAUGAAACAUGGUGUAAAGAAUACAAGUGAUGGAGACAAAUUUGUUGGCUGGCAAAUCCGUGAAAUCGUAUCCCAUAGUUUAAUAUUUUUCACAGCUGGUUAUGAAACAUCAACGAUAGCAAUGGCUUCGUGCUUGUACGAACUAGCUUUCAAUCAAGAAAUUCAGAAUAAAGCUCGUGAUGAUAUUCAACAAAAAUUAGCAAGAUAUGGAUGCUUUUCCUACGAAGCUAUAAAAGAGAUGAAGUAUCUGGAAAACUGUAUAAACGAAACACUACGGAAACAUCCUCCAGUUCCAUUGACGGCACGGGAAGUCACUAAGAACUACCAUAUACCAGAUAUGAACAUAACCCUUGAAGAGGGAACUCGAGUUUUGAUACCCAUUCACGCUUUCCAUAAUGAUCCUCAGUAUUAUGUGGAUCCUGAACGAUUCGACCCGGAUCGAUUUGAUCCGGAGAAAAUGGCCAACUGGCAUCCGUUGCAGUUCAUUCCAUUCGGUUACGGACCGCGCAUUUGCUUUGGACUACGGUUCGGUAUGAUGCAAGUGAGUGUCGGGUUGGCUUAUCUGCUCAAUCAAUUUCGAUUUACCGUUUCUGCUCGAACUCCGGUGUCGCUCCAAUUUGAUCCGAACAAAUACCUUAUAGCGAAUUUAGUCGGUGCUUUGUGGUUGAACGUAGAACGUGUUUAA